CUGCAGGACUUCAGUGGUGUCCCUCAAUGCCAAGCCUGGACUUAUUUUUUCUUUCUUUUUUAAUGAUUUUUCUGUUGAUCUCUUAGAGGUAUAAAGUUUGCGAACAGGAUGAUGCUGGAGCUGCAGAGCUCCGAUGACUGCAGCAGCUGUGGUGGUUGUAGUCGUGUAGACAUACAGAGCACUGAAGAGCUGGAGUGUAAGAUCUGCUACUGCAGCUACAACCUGGCCAGUCGGAGGCCCAAAGUGCUGGAGUGCUGCCACCGCCUGUGUUCCAAAUGCCUGACCAAGAUCCUGGACCUGGGUGAGUCGCCUCCCAAUGUGCUGGUGUGCCCGUUCUGCCGUUACGUCACCACGCUGCCGGGAGAGGCCGUGAGCAACCUGCCGGACGACUGCAACCUGGUUUCAUCGCUGGCCCUCCAAAGCCGAAACCAGAGGAACCUCCAGUUCCACCAGGAUGCUCCAGCCGAGCUCCUGCUCAGCCCCAGGCGCCUCAGCUCCAUCGUGAGCACCAACUCACCGGUGACGCCCUCCUCGGCCUCGCCCAACUUUGUGGUCAUCACCAUCAUGGAGCCUCCUCCUGCAGCCACGCCCAGCCGCGACCUUCGUCCCCAGCGCCAGCCACACGUCUCUCACGCGUCAGACAGGAGCUACCGCUCGUCCAGUCUGGACUCCAUGGCAUCCAUGACGCAGAGGUGGACGGUGUGGAACUGCGCAGCCCUCCUGUGCCAGACCUCGGCCCGGGUCCUGGUGUGGGUGCUGGGGCUCCUGUACUUCAGCUCGCUGCCGAUGGGAGUGUACCUGCUCAUCAUGCAGAGGACCACCGUCGGGGUGCUGCUUGUGAGCCUGGUUCCGGCCAGUCUGGUCAUGAUCAUGGUGUACGGUUUCUGCCAGUGUGUCUGCCAUGAGUUGUGGGACUGCAUGCCAUCAUAA